CCACCAAGGUCUAGCAGGUCUGUUUGCUUCCAUUCAGCCACCAAGUGGUGGUGGGUGCCAUCCUCCCUCCCCACCCCCCCCUUUGGGACCAACCAUCUCCAGCCCUGCUAGUCCACCAAAGCAAGGCUCCUCAGGGAAUAAUAUUCUCUGGUUGUCGUGUAAUCUGACUGAGCUAAGGGCCGGAGGAGUAAGGGCAGCAAGAACCACACUCGCAACAAUGUUAAUGGAACUGGAGACCUCCGAGGGGGUAGAAGAGUCAGAGAAACAGAGCUCCAAGGCCCCGGAAAGGGAACCCCCCAGCAGGAUGGCUGACCUCUCUGAGCUCCUGAAGGAAGGGACCAAAGAAGCACAUGACCGGGCAGAAAACACCCAGUUUGUCAAGGACUUCUUGAAAGGCAACAUCAAGAAAGAGCUGUUUAAGCUGGCCACUACUGCACUUUACUUCACAUACUCAGCCCUCGAGGAGGAAAUGGACCGCAACCAGGACCAUCCAGCCUUCGCUCCCUUGUACUUCCCCAUGGAGCUGCAUCGGAAGGAGGCACUGAUUAAGGACAUGGAGUAUUUCUUUGGUGAGGACUGGGAGAAGCAGGUGCAGUGCUCUGAGGCCACCCGAAAGUAUGUGGAGCGGAUCCACUAUGUGGGGCAGAAUGAGCCGGAGCUGCUGGUGGCCCAUGCCUAUACUCGCUACAUGGGGGACCUCUCGGGGGGCCAGGUGCUUAAGAAGGUGGCCCAGAGGGCUCUGAAACUCCCCAGCACGGGAGAGGGGACCCAAUUUUACCUGUUUGAGAAUGUGGACAACGCGCAACAGUUCAAACAGUUCUACAGGGCCAGGAUGAAUGCCCUGGACCUGAACCUGAAAACCAAAGAGAAGAUUGUGGAGGAGGCCAACAGGGCCUUUGAGUACAACAUGCAGGUAUUCAAUGAACUGGACCAGGCUGGCUCCUUGCUGGCCAAAGAAAUCCUGGAGGAUGGGCUCCCCGUGCACAAUGGGAAAGGAGAUGUGCGUAAAUGCCCCUAUUACACUGCUAACCAAGACAAAGGUGCCCUGGAGGGUAGAAGUUGUCCCUUCGGAAUAGCCCUGGCUGUGCUGAGCAAGCCCAGCCUCCAGUUCAUUCUGGCUGCUAGUGUGGCUCUGGCUGCUGGCCUCUUGGCCUGGUACUACAUGUGAAACACCCAUCACCACGUUGGCGCCCUCCUCCUGAGUGACUGCUGAUCCGCUCCCACCUCUACCUGUGACAAAACCACCACCCCAGGUGACUUUUUAAAAAUGCUGGGUUUGAGAAAAGCAACCAAUAAAAGCCAGACACUAAA